AUGAGAUUCGCUUCUAUUCUCCUCCUCGCUUCCGCCGCUUCCGCCUUUUCGUUCCCAGAUACGUCGAGUUUGUCUCAACUGCUUCGCCGCAAGGAUGGGGGUAGCGGAGGCGGCGGCGCAUGUCCUGCUGUCUGGACGUCGAUAAGCACGGAAUUGACUCAGAAGUUCUUGUCUGGGGGCCAGUGCAACCCAGAUGCUCGAGCUGCCAUUCGCCUAGUCUUCCAUGACUGUGGAGCUUGGAACAAAGCUCAGGGUGCCAUUGGCGGCUGCGAUGGCAGCCUAGUACUCAACGCAGAAGAAGGUAGCCGCUCAGAGAACAAGGGUCUCGAAAAGAUUGCCGCCGAUAUGAAGGCCCUAGCCACCAAGUACAGCGUGUCCGUUGCAGACCUUGUAGUCUUCGCCGGCAACCACGCCGUCGUAACCUGCCCCGGCGGACCCAGAACGAAAACCUGGAUCGGCCGCAAAUCUAGCAGCACUGCCGCACCCAACGGCCUCCUCCCGGACGUCAACGCCCCAGCUGCUUCCCUCUCGCAACUCUUCAUCGACAAGGGCUUUGACGACCGGGACCUCGCUGCACUUCUCGGCGCGCACACCUCAAGCAACCAGUUCAACUUUGAUACGACCAAUGUCGGCGCCUCGCAGGAUUCUACACCCGGUGUCUGGGACGUCAAGUACUACUCCGAAACCCUUAACCCGCCGAAGGGCGUUGUUGUGUUCCCUUCUGACAGCAAGCUCGCGAACUAUGCGGGUGUUGGGAAGGAGUUUAAAGGGUUUGUGAACAAUCAGGGAAAGUGGAGUGGGAAGUUUGCGGACGCGAUGGAAAAGAUGGUUAUGUUUGGAAGUAGUGGGACGAGUGGUAUGGUGGAUUGUACGGAUGCGCUGCCGAAGAGUACGAAUGCGAAGAGGGAUCUUAAGGGGAUGAAUCCGUUUAUGCCUAGGGAAUGA